AACGGUGCAAAUCGGUUGUCAUUGUCUCUAACCACAACACACCGGUCACGCUACCUUUCCUUCUUCCAAGUCCUCUCCUGUUUUGAAGUUUCAUAUUGGCGCCCUUUUACACUUUCUCUCUCACACACACUGACACACAUAGAGACUCUCUCUCACACACUUACACAGAGGGACUCUCUUUCUACAUCUCUCACACUCACACACUUACACAGAGGGACUCUCUUUCUACAUCUCUCACACUCACACAGUCUCUUUCUAUCCCCCUCUCUCUCCAAUGGAUUCCGACGCCGACUCUCUCAUCUCCAAACUCGAUAGCUCCGAUAUCAUCAAUAUACACCGUCUCUUCUCCGACUACCUCCAUCCCUUCACCGAUCUCAUAUCCCCGAAACCCAAGAAAACCAAGAAACCCUCAAACACCCUCGGACAAGACCACUCAUCCACUCUCCGAUCCCUCUCCAAGAAGUACCUCCCCGUCCUCAACCGCGCCCUAUCACUCAUCCCCAAACGCCUCUCUAAAACCCCCAAACUCGACGAACAAUUGGGUCUCCAAUUAUUCGAUACUUACAAGCUGUGUUUGAAUUGCUUGGAUUGCAUUUCUUCGCAGCUAUCUGGUAAACCCUAUUCUGUUCACCUCCAGAGGGUUCGGUUGAUGCAUUGUUUUGAGGGAUGGGGACGGUACAAAGAUGCUGAAAGUGAAGGGUAUUUGAUGCUUGAUAAUCUGAGGGGUAUGGAGGUUGGAGUUUCGGGUUCGAAAAAGGCAAAGCCCCAGAAGCGACUUCUUCCAGAUUUUAAGGGAGAGAAUGUCGAUUCUGAAUUUACUUAUUUGGUUGUGGAUAUUGUUGUAACUCUUGUCAAGUGCACUUUCAUGAAUCAAACUAAAGACGAAGGAGACUACAGGAGAGUACUUUCUUUGGUGGAUGAGGUCACUCCAUGGUUCAGCGUGUUAGAUGCGAAUGCAUAUGAGAAGCUGCAUAGGGUUCUAGUGAAAUAUAUUGGUAAAUACACUUUAUUGUUGGUUGGGAACCUUAUGUCAUUUGGCGGGGAUUUGGUGCGCCGGUUCUGCUUGUUAAUCUUCGAUGAGUACAGAAGAUCAUCUAUGAAAGAUCAAAUGCAGAAGUUUGCUUGUGAGAUAUGUUCUUCCAUAGUCUCACAAUAUGACAACAAAUCUUCAAGUGUCAUUGACCUCCUCAUGUGUGUGCUGGACACUAUGGCCGGUGAAUGCAAGGUCGAAGAGGAAAGCACUGCCAUGGUUUUUCUUGAAUUUGUCUAUUAUUGUGCUGACCAAUGUCAAACUGCAACUACAAAUUUGUGUCAUUCUAUUGCCACACAUUUGAACAAAAUAGCAGUUGACAUUUUUCAGGGCUUGUCACCCAUUGAUCUGAUUCUGGGGCUUUAUUCUACUGGGUUGUUUAUAAAUGAUUGCAAUAGUCAGUCAAGACAGGGUGACUCUACAACCACGAGAAAUAUGAAGGAUCGAUCCAUGAUUGAUUUUUUGCUUGAUAAUGAGGAUAGGCUCCAGCACUUGACUGCUUUGCUUGGUUUAUUAAAAAGCCAUUUUCAUACGAGUGGCAAAGAGAACAGCUUGCCAUUUAGUACUGAAGUUAAGAAUUAUGUACAUCGAGUGCAUUCAAAGAUAGAAGCCAAUUAUGAGGGAUCUGGAGUUUUUACACAUAAGAUUGGAAAGUCUUAUAUGCUGUCUUAUUAUAAUGCACUGAAAUAUUUAUGCCAGCAACUUGCUAAGUUUGUAAAUUCAACACGGAAAGAGAUAGUCGGUGAAACUGAAGGUGCUUCGUUUUCUGCAGUACUCUGUGACAUUCAGGAUGCACUCCAUCAGUUCUGUGAUGUUUUUCUGUUCCAUCACAGUGCAUUUGAAAAGCGGAGAGAUGCUUGUGAUGAUAAUGACAAAACAGUGCUGAGUGUAGCUGUGGCUGCUUUCACUCUCUCAUUCAGAACAAAGCAUAAUGUCAAGGAGAGUGCAACUUUCAUUAAGCAUGUUAUUGCAUGUAAUUGGAUUCAACCUCAUGGGUUAAAGUUUCUCUUUGUGUCUCUUCACAAUGUUGGUACUAUUUUGUACAGAAAUAAGCAAUUGAAUGAGGCUUCAAAGGUGUUGAAAUUAAGUUGCAGAGCAUCAUGGAUCUGUGUAUCACAUCUUCGUGAUAUGUUUGUAAACAAAUCAAAUAGGCCUCACAGUGACAAGACAGAAGAUGCUAUUGUAGAUUUUGUCAGAGAGGCAUGCACAGAAAGUGCAUUACUUCUGGAUGUACUUUAUCAAUGUGGAAGUCAUAAAGUGAAUAGAAUUAUUGGGGAUAGUCUUGAAAACUGGUCUGUUGCUGAAAUCUUGGUUGAAAGGCUGCCAAGUCCCAUAGCUUUGGUGAAACAGUGGGUGAAGAUAAACUGCAAACUUUGUAAGGAUGUGGAUGUGGAGCAUGGUGCAACAACCAUACAUUCUUUGCUGUCAUCUUCUCUGAAAGUGUCAAAAAGGACCCUCGGCAUAUUAUUAGAGCAGGAGCUUCUGGCAUACAAAGAAAUGAAUUCUUUGAACCCAGUAUUCUGUCAGAGAAUGAAAAUGGAGAUCAUAGACAUCCUUCUGGGAGAGGUGUAUGUUACAAAUGAUAGCUGUUUACAAAAAUCUAGAAUUCUUAUUGCAAAAGCAAGGGAAUUAAGGGCCACUGGAGUUGAAGGUCUAAAUGGUUGUAUUCAGUGUUUGUCAGAAGCAAUAUCCGCUAUGAAGGACAUGUAUGGUGAAAACUGUAGCCUGAGUGUUCCAGUACGUCAUCAAUUAGCUGUUGCAUAUUGCUUCCGUGCACUGUGUACCCAGGAGGCUGAACCAAACUCAAAGAGAAUUUUUGAAGACCUUCAUGAGGCAUUAAGUCUAUGGUUGAGUCCAGAUCAUUGCAAUGCAGAUGACCACUGUAAUAUUGCGUCUGAAAAUAUGUUGACUUUGUUGUAUCAUGUUGUUGAUUUGUUAUCAAUGAAGGGCUUCACAGAAUUCCACUCUGACAUAUACGAGCUGAUAAUCAGAUUGUUUAAAUGGAAGAAUGUACCACUAGAGAAGUGUUUGGCCACGUUGUGGGAGUACAGAAGGCUUGGCCAUGCCCUUUGUGCUUCACCUGUAAACGAGGCAUUCAUCUUGAUUUUAUCACAGCAUUGUGGUGAACUUUCUAAGUCUAUUGAUUUCUGGAUAAGUUGCAUGAAGGGAUCAUGGCCGUUACAAAUGGGGUUUCAACAGAACUUCUCUUUUAUGUUUACUAUCUUCUCCCAAGGUUCUUAUAACCACGAGAGUUCUUUCCGAUCAGAUACCACGGUUGAGGAAGUCAAGCAGGCUGCUUUGGGUCUUAUUUCCACUGUUCCCCAGCCUACUGGUUCAGUUUUUGUUGCUGCACAUCUCUACUAUGACUUGUGCGGAAGACUGACUUCAAAUGGCCGAUUGAUGGAGGCUCUUUCAUGUGCAAAAGAAGCCCAUCGUUUACGUAGCCAACUUCUCAAAGAAAAAUUUAUGUUCUCUGGGGAGCAGCAGAAUAACAAUGGAUACACCAUUCAAAAGCCUCGUUACAGUCUUAGUACUUUCCACUUGUAUAGUUCAGUGGCUACAGCGAUUUGGUCCAAUAGUAAUAGUUCAUUCGAUUUGGAAGCUUCAAUUCUUACUCCAUGGAAUGUACUUCAGUGCUAUCUUGAAAGCACUUUACAGGUUGGAAUUAUCCAUGAGAUGAUUGGAAAUGGAUCUGAGGCUGAAGCUUUUUUAUUGUGGGGGAAGGAUAUCUCAUGUUAUCAAGGGUUGCCGUUUCUCAUAGUUGCCUUUUCUUCUGUUCUAGGAAGAUUAUACCGCAAGCAAAAGCUUUGGGAGUUGGCAGAUAAGGAACUUCAAACUGCCAAGCAAAUAUUGGCAGAUAGCUGCACUGGCAUUUCUUGUUUGAAGUGCAGGGUGGUCCUGGAAGUUAAUAUUGAUCAGGAACUUGGAGACUUAUUUAGAAGCCAGUUCGAUAGUGAUACAUGCGAUCCUUUUCUAAGGAAAUUGUAUGAUUCUGAAAAUUUGUACAAAUCAGCAUUGGAGAAGCUAAAUAUCUCUGAGUGGAAAAACUCUGUUAGUAAUCCUGAGGAGACAAACACUGGGAGUACUGCAACUCUUGAUGCUUUAGUCAAGGAGGUCAGGCAUGGUGUUAAUAAUUCUUUCUCUCAUAGGAUAAACCAGUCAGAUAUUGGUGCCUUUCCUACUAUAGGUGAAGGGCCAGAAAUAGACAUGGAAACCAAAAAGUGUAGGAAGACUAAGAGAGCACCAAAGCCUUUUCCACAGGAGCAAUGCUUGAUAUCAGAGCAUAAUUCAAGGAUGACUCGGUCCAGAUAUCGUUCUUCUCAGGAAAAUAGUGAAAGUAUUCCCGAUAAAGUACAAACUGGCCUUACUAAGCAUUUAGACAGUGAACACAUAUUUGGUUGCCCUGAUGCUCUUAGGCAGAGAGGGCCACUCUCAGAAAUUAAAUGUUCCACGACCAACUGCGGAGGUGAACUCACAUGCGUUUGCAAUAAAUUGAAGUGUUGGUAUUGUUUUCCCAGGGAAGUUAUUGAAUCUGGGUCGAUAAACAGUCUUAUUCAUAUAAAAUGGGAGUUUAUUCGCAGGCAACUAACUCUGAGGCUACUCACCAGCAUAGGCAAAUGCUUGGGGAUUCGUGGUGAAAUUCAUGAAGCACAUGAAAUACUUAUGCAAGGCAUAUCUACCCUGGUCAGCAGGAAUCCAUUUUGUCCUAUAAACUCUUCUGUUCCAUUCACUUUCUUGCUCGACUUAAUUGGGAAGGAUAUCCCAGGAGAUGCAUUUACAGUUCAACAUGCAGUGAUACUUUAUAAUAUCAGUUGGCUUACAGUGAAAAGCUAUCCAUGCCAACGAACCAGGAUCAAUUGCUGUGACUUGUCAAACAUUCAGAUACAAAGAAUUGUUUCCUGGUUGAUGCUUUCUUUCGUACUCUGCCGUGAGGUUCCUAUACUUUUCCAAAAGGUAUCCAGGUUGCUGGCUACUCUGUACAUACUUUCUUCCUCAUGUGAACCUUUUUCUCUGUCUUCAUCUACUUCCAAAGCACUCUCCGUGAGUCACUGGGCUUCAUAUUUUCAUCAAGCUUCACUUGGUACCCAUCAUAAUCACCAGCUCUGCUCAAAUAUUAUUGGGAAGCAUAGAGUUGAGGGUUCUUGUCUUCGUGGCUCUUCGAUCAAUUCAGAUAUCCAUAACUCACUCAGGCUUGCACCUGAAUCGCUUGAAGAACUUGAAGGAUCUGUUUUAAAUUUUUUUAAGGGUCUUCCUUGUAGCACAGUCAUUUGUAUUAGUUUGCUUGGAGGUGCUUAUACCAAUUUAUUGAGAGAAUUGCUAUUUUAUCCUUCCUCCUCCGUCCAUGCAUGGAUUUUAUUAUCUCGCUUGAAUUCAAGCAGUCAACCUGUUGUUAUACUUCUGCCUGUGGAUUCAGUUUUAGAAGAAGCUUCAGAUGAGGACGGAAAUUCUGACUCUUCGAACCUCUUUGAGGGCAAACAUUUUGAGAAGCAGUGGCACUGUCCUUGGGGCUCCACUGUUGUUGAUGAUAUAGCCCCGGGGUUUAGACUUAUAUUGGAGGAAAAUUACUCAUCGUCAUCAACUUCUUUUUUGGAAGAUUCGAAAAAGAAUAGGUCAUUAUGGUGGAUGUGGAGAAAGAGGCUUGAUCAACGUCUUGGUAAAUUUCUGAGGGUUUUGGAGGAUACAUGGUUUGGCCCCUGGAAGUUCUUGCUUUUAGGGGAAUGGUCAGAGUGCAGACACCUGGAUUCAGUACAAAAGAAACUGGUGCAUGAUCUGAAAUAUAAAUAUAAAAUGGAUGUACAAGAUAGUCUUCUUAAGGUCAUCCUUGAAGGUGCAAAGUAUACCUGUGAAAACGAAGAAUGUGUUUUACAGCUAAUUUUGAACCAAGGAUGCUAUGUUGGGGUGGGAUAUGAGCGAGGAAGGUGUGGGACAUCAUCUCGUGUGCAUGAUGGAGUUGAAAGUCAAUCGCACAUGAUCUUCAAACGAAUAUUUGAAGCGGCCAAUGAGGUUGAAGUGUGUGAAGAUAGAGAGCCAGUAAUACUGGUGCUGGAUUCUGAGGUGCAGAUGCUUCCAUGGGAGAAUUUGCCACUUUUAAGAAGCCAGGAGGUUUAUCGCAUGCCUUCUGUUGGCUGCAUCUCUGCAACACUUGAUAGGUGCCUUCACCGUAAGGAACAAGUUGGGAGAAAUGCUGUCGUCUUUCCACUGAUAGAUCCCUUGGAUGCAUUUUAUUUGUUGAACCCCAGCGGGGAUCUUUCUAGCACUCAGGUUGAAUUUGAGAAGUGGUUUAAAGAUCAAAACUUGGAGGGGAAGGCUGGAACUGCACCUACUGUUGAAGAAUUGGCGGUAGCCUUGAAAAGCCAUGACCUUUUUAUUUAUUUUGGGCAUGGAAGUGGGGCACAGUAUAUUCCCGGGCAUGAGAUUCAAAAAGUUGAAAAUUGUGCUGCUACUCUCUUAAUGGGGUGCAGUAGUGGAUCGCUAUCAUUAAAUGGGUGUUAUACUCCACAAGGUGCACCUCUCUACUAUCUUUUAGCAGGUUCUCCUGUUAUUGUCGCUAAUUUAUGGGAAGUGACAGACAAGGAUAUUGACCGAUUUGCUAAGGCCAUGCUUGAUGGCUGCGUUAGAGAAAGAGCAUCCGCUUCUCUAGAUUGUCCUCGGUGCAAUUUACUUGCAAAAGAAUUUAAGUCCAUGCAUAUAAGUAGAACUAAAGGAAAUGCUCAGAAGAAAACCUCAAGAAAGAAAUUACUUGAAUAUUGUGAUAUAAUCAAUACAUGUAAUGAUUGUUGUAGCCACAGACCAAAAAUAGGUUCAUUCAUGUUUCAAGCUCGAGAAGCUUGCACACUCCCUUUUUUGACUGGGGCAUCACCUGUAUGUUACGGCAUCCCAACAGGUAUACAGAAAAAGAAAGAUUUAUAGCAUUUUAUGAAUUUGAUACGAAUCUGACAAGAUUUAUUUGUAAGAAAAUCUUCACUAGGGUCACAUAUUCCUAGUAACCAAAAGCUGGACUGCACAGUGCAACCACAGUGAGUGAGAUUUAUCAUACACCCCCUUUUUUACUUGUAAAACCUAGUAAUUACAUCCAAAUUGUAACAUUUGCUCCUCACAUCACUAUAGUGUAGAUGCUCCGCUAAUUUAUCAUACAUUGAGCUUGAAGUCAUACGGCCUUUCGUAUAUUCGAUUCAGGAGUAUAUAAUGUAUUGUGAUUAGCAGUUCGUUGAUUCUGUAUCAUACACUGAGCUAAUUGUAUAUUCAAUUCAAGAGUAUAUAGUGUAUUUUGUUUAUCUGUUUGUUUAUAGAUUGAAAUUGACUGUCAACUAAUUACUCUGAUAAUCAAAUCUUAUAUUGUUUACGUAUCAUCUUUCAAGAAUUGUAAGCCAUUCAUACUCUGAUAAUAUGCUACUGUAUGGGGUUGCCUUUGUCAUGUUGAUUCCUGUCAGUUAUUUUAAUAUUGAACUGUUUGUUUUUGUUUCAAGUCUUCAAUUUUUGGUUCAGAAUGUGAUCCCAUUUACUAACGAGAGAUGGAAAUGUUUAUGGUAAAAGAAAUUUCAUAUAAAAAUUUUGUUUAUGGCGAUGUGAUUCGAAUUUUAUUUGCUAAAAAAGUAGACAAUAAACCUUACUAUCAUUGUUGUCAUGGAGAGUUGAAAAAGUGAAAGAGUAAUUGGAACAUGGACUUAAAAUAGUUCAAACACUUUUGAUUUUCUACUCUUUUGCUAUUGAUUUUCUGUUUUCCUUCUACCAAUUAAAACAAGAGAAUUAGUAAAUCAUUUUUUUUACAUGUUUUGAUUUUCUUCUAUGUUAUCAACCAAACAAAAAACUUACCUGGACGGGAUCAUGGGUGAUGACUUGUCAAAAAAAAAAAAAAAAAAAAAAAAAAAAAAAAAAAAGAUCAACCAAACCAAAAAUAAAUUUUUUUUUGGUGCAGCAAAUGAGUCUAUCUCCAUAUUGUUUAGGGUUGCAUUGAGCUUUCAAAAAAACUUGGAGAAGUAGAACUCCAAUUUGUCUCAUCAACUCAAGA